AUGACGUGUGCGGAUAUUGUUUAUGAUAAGAUCCACUUCAGACAUGACCCAAAAUGGAGCGGCCGCCUGGGGCCUGCAGAGGGAGGUGGGCUGCUGCUCUGUGUGGCCUGUGUCAUGGAGAUGAUAGAGAGUGACGAUAUAGCGUCAGUGCGGAAGUCUUUUGCCUUGUCUGGUAUCAGUGAGGUGCUGAAGUGUUCUCCAGGGUACUUGAGAGAGCUGCUCGGACAGGACCACACAGUCUCUCUGCGUUUUACUGCUUCUCUACUGGGGAUGCUUCACACUGUGGAGGACCCAGCCACUCUGGAAAAGGUUGACCAAGUGCUGGUUCAGCUGCUUUCGGAGCUCCAGAGUGAGCUGUCAUAUCGCUUUGUUUUGGAUGAGAUACAAAAACAGCUGAAUGACCAGCCCAAUGUGAAAGGUUUUCAGCACACCUUCAACUUCCUGGGGAGGCUAGUGGAAGCAGUCCCCAGUGUGGCUCACAGACUGGUGACUCAGUACGUGUCCUUGCUGGCACACCUGUGCUCGGCCUGGAAUCACCCAGAUGAAGUGUUGAAGGCUUCGGUCCUGUAUGUGUGGCUCAAACUGUUCGAGACAACUGGGGGCUCAGCAACCCAGUCCUUGCCCGUUGCCAUCAGGGACAGAGUGUGUUUCCUGUUGCUGCAGACCUUAACCAAUGCCGGUUCCCCCCAGCUCAUCAACAACUGCGUUGGCCUGCUGUGGCGGCUGUUGCAGCAGGGAGAGGCGGUGUCAGUUCUGAUGAACUGCCCUGGAGAGCAGAUCGUGUGCCAUGAGAACCAGAACAGCUACACCAACAACAGCCAGACCCUCAGCCAAAACCAAGAGCAACAGUCCCCUGACCAAUGCCCUCUGCCUCUCAUACUGAAAAAGUUGCUGCUGAGUGGUGAUGAGACGUUGCAGGUGUCCAGUGCGAAGUGUAUUGCAUUCAUCCUAGUUCAUUCUGCCACUCAGUGCAGUGCUUCCUUCAUCAAAGCUGACAUAGCUGAGUUUCUGUUCGACCAUCUGGCCAGUAGUAGUAAUGAGGUGCUGCUGUGGUCUGUCUACAGUUGUUUGGUGUUACUUACUGAGGACCCACUCUUCUUCUCCCAGUGUCACUCUGUCUAUGGUAUUGAGUCCCUGGUGCGCAGUCUGAAGGAGGCUCUGCGGCUGACCAACCUGGAGGUGCCGAAACAAGGUCUGCUGCUCCUGACUGAGAUCCUGGAAAGGCAGCCCCCAAACAUGCGUCUGUUCCCCAGUGGUUCAGGUUUUGUUGCAGUAUCAGAGGCUGUUAUGGGUGGAGUCACGUCCUCCUGCCUGCUGGUAGCCACACAGGCUGCCACCGCUGCUGCCGCCCUGUGCAGACUGAACCACCAGUCCAUACCAGUCCAGUACGGGAAGAUAGAGGAAUUAAUUGAGGCUAUCACUAAGAGAUUCUUUGAGCUGUCCCUACCCUCCCCUGCUCAUCGUCGAAACACUGGGAGUCUGAGGAGGUCAGACCCCAACAGCCAGGGUUCCAGGUCUGAAGGAUUUCUGCUCCAGGCUCUGGUCUGUUUUCAGGCUGCCUGCAGGUUGACCGAGGACUGUGCAUCAGAGCCUGUUUUGAAGGAGAACAUGUUCACAGCUCCAUUUAAACACAGCCAUGCUCAGGACUCACUGGAGUCCCUGUAUUAUUGUCUGCUGCGCUGCUGCGACUCCGUCUGGAUACCCACCGUCAUUAGGAUGUGUGAGCAUGCACCCAAUGCCCAGAUCCUGCAGUACUUCUACUCCAUCCUUUUCUUCCAGUUCACCCUGCUUCCGUCAUUCAUGCCUGUCUUUGCAAAUAAGCUCGCGUCCUCGGGUUUCUACAGGCUGGCUCUGGAACACAAAGGGCUCCUCUGUGCGGGGAACAGGCAUCCAAACCUGAAUACAGCUUGCUGUGGUUUUCUACAGAAACUCAGUGUGUGUCUGCUCUCCCAGUCAGACCCUCCUUCUGGCUUCUGCCAGUAUGAUGUUGAGGAGGUGGAAAAGCUGCUGCUGCACAACCUUCCCUCUCUGUGCUGUCGUCUGUCAGACUGGCCUGCUCUGCUGUGUGAGGCCCCGGGGCUCCAGCUGUGUGAAUAUAAAGGACCAAAGGCUACCCAGUACUGUCUGGUGAUAAUGCUACACCUUGCCCUGCAGCGAGGAGAUAGACUCCUCCCAGACCAGAUGGUGUUCUCCAGUGUGGUGUGGCUGUUGCAGUCAGUGCAGGCAGAGGGUAGCUGUGCCCUGCCUCGGUCUGUGCUCCGCUCUGCCCUCUACCUGCUGGCAGUGACACAGGACAAGAGCCCCAGCCUCGAUGGGGCUCCUUUGAACUGCAUCAGCAAGGCGCUCUCCUCCUGCCAAAGCUUCUCUUCCCUCUACAUUCACCAUCCUGCACUCCUCCACUUCAUCUGUCGAUAUUCGGAGCUUGCAGAGAAAUUUGGGCCCCUGGUCUUAGAACUUUGGUUGACCAAGAAAGCACAGCACACAGAUGCAGAGCAGACCAUGGCAGGCAUACCGGAGACGGGAGAGAAGAGAGAAGCAGACAAGAGGCAGGAUCAGGAGCCAGACACAGAAACUAAGGAGCUACUAACUCUGAUAGAGAAGUACCCGGCUGUCGUAAUGACGCUCCUGGACAUGGUUUGCACCAGGGAGACCCCCCUGGCAGGACGAGCCCUGGCAGUGCUGGAAGUUCUUUUGCGUGCUCAAAGAGAUUAUGAGGCUGACUUGUGUACCAAUCUCAGGCUAGCCUUGCUGCAGGCAUUGCAGAGGCUCAGUGUGGAGAACAUGGGACAUGGGCUUGGACAAGGACACACUGCACAAGCAGUGAACUCACUCCCUCUGGUGCUGAAGCUGCUUUGUGUGACGCAGGCCAGUGACCCACCUUCAUCUUCCUCCUACAGUAAGAUGGACGGAGUGCACUUCAAGCUGCUCUACCACGUGAGCAAUAUAGCAGGGAGGUUGAAGCCUACUGACACAGGAAGCCUGCUCCCUGCCCUCAACUACCUGUACUGCUGUCUGAGCCUGUCCCCUGCACACUGCACUGACACAGCUGUCUCCAUGCUGCUCUCCAACAGUGGACUGAUGGACCAGCUGCAGACAGUCCUCUCCUCCUCCUCCUCCUCCUCUUCUGCUCCAUCCCUCUCUCCAUCAGCCUGUCCUCCCUCAGCCCUGCUGUGCUGCAGCCAUCUACUCCUGUCCUCCCUCAUUACCUUGCAGCGCGUUCACUCUGCCCAGGUCCAAAAGAGCGUCAGUUGGAGUCUGGACGCAGCUGUGCAGCGACUUCUUGUUCAGAAAAGAAACACAGACAGUCUCUUGCUGGUCAGCUACCUGAGGUUGCUGCAGGUUCUACUUGAUGCUGACCUGGUAUCACCAGUGGUAUGUCUGAGCACUAGUCCUGGCAUGGUCGGGCCCAGACCCCUGGAGGUCGAAGACGGUGCUUUGUACCCGCUCGGCUGCAGAGGAGCUCAGUGCCUCUCAACUGCUCUCAGUGGACUUCUUUUGCAGAAGCAGGAGCUGUUGCUGAGAGCCUCAGUCAACUGUCUAAGCUCCCUGCUGGGCUUCCUUCAGAGACAGAGUCCCAAUACAGCAAAGUUUGUGGUGUGUCAGCCAUGGACUCGAUUCCUCCUCUACUGCCUGCUCAGCUCAGAAGAGAGCUGCCGUCUGCACCCUGCCAUUCUCAGACUCAACACAAUUCUCCUGCAGCACGGCAGUACGGCGAUGAUGUGGGAGCCUGACCUGCUCCAGGUGAUGGAGGCAGUGGAGAGGAGGGGGGUGAAGGAGCUCAGCAAGGAAGCAGCACAGGCCCUCGGGCUGCUCCUCACACAGAUCCAGAGCAGUGUCCUGCAACUCACAGGGGAGCACAAGCAGAGAGUGAGGAGUAUGCUGGAGUCCCUCAGCCUGCAGACGCCAGCUGAUAGCUGCAGCCCCAGUCUGCCUAGCAACGUCUUGUGUGUUGGAGACGUCCUCAUCUGUCUGUCUGACUUUACACUGAAAGCCGGCUGAUGCAAACUGAUAUUAUUACACCAUCGAUUGGGCUGUUUGUUCUAUUGUUCAUUUAUUGUUGCACAACUUUAAUUCCUAUAUGUGUAGUGUGUUUUCUGUUCUGCUCUUAAAGCAGCGCUGCAGACA